CUGCACUUUCAGAUGUCGUGAGAAUAUACAAGACGACUUCCACAGAAUCCGUUAGACACAGGGUACACAGAAAGCCCGUUAUCACUUCACUCCCUUGCUCCAAAAAGAGUAGGUUUCUCCUGUCGACUUGCUCGUUGCAGAGCUCAAAUUGGUGGAGGCUGUCUUUGGUGAUUCAUCUCAGUUUUCUCAUGCGCUUGUCUGCCCGUCCUGUAUCUUUUCUAAAGACAGUGGUCACUAGAUCUUCCCUUUUCCCCUUACGGUACAUCUUCUGUUUCCUUGGUACUGGCUGUAUUUUUUUCAUUGGAUCCAAAACUCAUUUCUCAGGUUUUUCGGGAGUUCUUGUGUCCUCUCUACAAGACGUGCAACGAUCGCUUCUCGGUUCCUACCCUGGGCCCUCUCCCGCCCUGCGGUCCAGCGCAGCAUUGCCUCUCUAGGGAGCAUUAAUGAAUGAAAUUAACCAGGAAUCGCCAGUCUUUUGCGCGUCGUUUUUACUCUGUUCUCUUUUGGUGUACACAUCUUUGCGUUCGUAACAGGAUUUAAUUUUCCUGCAGCUGUUGCUCGCUCGGUGAGAAACGGGCCGUCUCAAGCCGAGUGCUGGUUUUUUACCAACAAAAUAUUUGUAGGACAAUCCCGCUUUUUCGAAUCUUCGUGUAGCUUGCGCAACUUAACUCCCCUUCAACCCAUUUGACGGACGAGAUCCCCUGUGUCCUUCCGAGCGGCAACCCCCUUGCUCGAAGCCACGCUCUCUCGUCUGCCCUCCCAGUGUAAAAUAAGAGGCGUGUAUUGGCUUCGCCUCUUUUCCCAAACGCACCUUUCCUCUCCAUUUGCUUGCUCGUCUGGCGUGUCGAAAUCAAUUCGCCUCUUUCCUUCACUCAGAAUUUCCUCCUCAUUUUCGCGCCCAAGGCUGCUCGCUUGCCUGAGCUGUCUUUGCUUCGGUUCGCCGUCCGUUUCUGCGGCUUCUCUGCCUUCUACAUUUGGCCUUUUUUUGUCGAGCGUGUUCCAAAAUGCAGCGAGGAGCACUGCGAGGGGCGAGCCCGACAGCCAGGCGUCGACUAGUUGAUCGGCCUGGACUAACAGAGGACGAAAUCGAGGAGAUACGCGAAGCUUUCAACCUCUUUGACACAGACGGCAGUGGUAUGAUCGAUCCGAAAGAACUAAAGGCCGCCAUGCAGUCUCUCGGCUUUGAAACAAAGAAUCCGACGAUCUAUCAAAUGAUCGCAGAUCUCGACCGCGACUCCGGCGGACCCAUCGACUUCGAGGAAUUUCUUGACGCCAUUACCGCGAAGCUGGGUGACAAGGAAAGCCGCGAAGGAAUCCAGAAGAUUUUCAGCCUCUUCGACGACGACAGAACAGGAACAAUUACACUAAAGAAUCUCAAGCGUGUAGCAAAGGAAUUGGGAGAGACGAUGUCUGAAGACGAGCUUCGUGAGAUGCUUGAGCGAGCGGACUCAAAUGGCGACGGGGAGAUUUCCUUCGAGGAUUUUUAUGCGAUCAUGACCAAGAAGACUUUCCCGUAGCAAGGCUGUCGAUUCAACAGAGAGCCACUGUAUUCGAAACACUCAAAACACGGGAAGCAGGGACGUUUCACACGGAACAUACAGACUGUCUCAAUGCCUGGAGAUCAGCGUGGCUCGCCACAGAACUCUUUCCCGAGUAUUUAGUGCCUUGAGGUUGCCUCCUCCGUCUUGUCAGUCGUCGUUCGUGCCCCUUUCAAAGAGAGAAAACCUUAGGUAGACUGCUUUCCUCGUCGCUCUGCAGGGUCACCUGUGUGGGAGAUGAGGAAACAAUUACCACAAGCAAGAGCUACAGCUGCUAACUGUUCCAGUAGAACAGAGCCGACGAUGCGAUUUGACUCACUCCAUGUUGUGUACAUUCUAUUUGGUGCCUUCGAUUUGCUUCCGCAAGAUUACAUAUGAGGAGAAAGACUUUUUUCGCUUUCUUUGCUUUGUUUCUUGAAACGCACAGCAGAGUGGCAUAUGCUUUCGCCAAGUCUACUUGUUCUGAUGUACUUCGAGAAAACGAAUUUGCACCUUUUUCCCUGGCCACGUCGCUGCUUGAGUUGCUUUGUGGGUCUCACAAAAGUGGUGCUUCCCCUCUUGUCCUGGGAUAUGUCUCUGUCGACUCGGCGACUUCUCUUAAGGCGUACCUCACACAUCAUGUGACCUGGUGGAACCACCUCAUGCAAGCGUUUACAGCUCCUCGAGGCACUCACAAGCAGGAGUACGGUGUUUCAUCCUGGUUCUCCUGUUUCAUGAACGACUGCCGUAGUGGUUUUUCGUUGAUGAUUAGCUUGAUCAGGGGUUCUAGAUCACAUGACCGGUUCGGUUCUUCUGUCUGUCCACCCCGUUCAGCAACACGUGUUGCAGUGGAGGGAGUGUGGACAGAGCCGAGUGUGAAAGCAGAGUUUAGGGUUUACUAGCAGGGGAAGCGUCAGUCAGGGGAAGGUGACCAAAGCUCUUGCUGAAAGCAUCUCUCCUGUCGCAAUUCACCUGUACGGAGUCUGCCGACCUACAGGAAACAAAAAACCGAAAAAAGAUUGUACCAGCUACCCUCAAAUGACCCAGUCCGCCGGCUGCCCAGGGUCUCCUCUCUUAGAAACCUAGGACACUGGUCUCUCCCACAGUGUUUUUUUAGGAAGCAGAUUCCUAUUCAAAGCAAACUAACG